AUAGAUGGAAAGCAGGCGCUGCCCUCACCGACCUGGCCUCGGUAGCAGGAGUGUGUUUUUGUGUGGACAACUGCAGUUGGGCCCAGGUCCAGCCUUGCUGAGGGCUACUCACUUGGGCCUCCACCCACUGAUGAAUUUUGGGGGCAGAGCCAAGCCCCAAGAUAUGUUGGCUGGCAGCCUGGGGCCAGGCAGGGCUGCUGUUGUGGGAGCCCAGUCCCAGGGACUCUGUUCAGAGUGGAGCCUCCUUACUCUACAGCUCGCUGGUAAGCCCUGGUGGCCCAUCAGCCCACAGAAGGGGGCACUCACUCAGUGUGCAUCGGGCAGCGGCCAGCAACCUGCCUCUCACCCACCUGGCCCUUCUGGGAGGACCGGGACUUCCUGGGGUCAGAUUGGAAUGUACGUCCAAAAUAAGAGUGAAUGGGGAUUUGCUGAUUAUUAAAACAAUUUUGUUUCCGUGCAUUUUUAGCAUCUUCUCUUCUGGUGGAGGAUUGG